GGCAGCAGUUAACCAAACCGCACCUAUUCUGUUUAAAAAAAACGGUCAAACAAGAAUGUCAGGAAGCAGUCCGGAAGUCGCGCUAGCAUCGAUAAAAGCUGAGCCAACGUGGUUUUUAAAUCUCUCUUUUACGGUUGUUGUCUCGCCUGCUCUUUAUCCCCUACAUUUCUGUGUUGUACGGUCCAGCACAGAAUAAACAACGCAGUUGGUUACAGUUUGGUCUCAGUGCGCCGUCAAGCUCCCCGAGCUGCCUUAGCUUGUUAGCUGCUAACAAAGAGACGCGGAAGUGAGCGACGUCAUCCAACUUCCAGGUGCGGCGGCUGUGGGAUAAAAUGUGCAAAGUCAAAAUGCUGAGGGCGUUGGUGAACGAGCGGCUGACUGUGGCCGUGGAGGAAAUAUUCGUCGUGUUGGAAAGAACGAUGGCGGAGUACGAGGAGGAGCUCUGUCGGACGAAGGAGGAGAACGAGCGACAACGUCAACUACUGGACGCUGUUUUCAAGCCUCAAAUGGAGUCACAACUAGCAGCCAUCAGUGAAGAAGAUCUCCCCCCUGAGGAGCAGGAGUGGAGCUCCAAAAUGGAGCAGCAGGAGGAGCCACAGCCCCCCCACGUCAAAAAGGAAGAGGAGGACCAAGUGUGGACUCAGGAGGAUGCCGACAUCAGCAAGUUUCCAGUGACUCGUGUGAUUGUGAAGAGCGAGGAUGAAGCCCAGUGGCUACAGCUUGAUCGCGGUCCAAGUUUGGAAAAGAGGAGACCAGAAGCCGGCAGCCUCUUGGCUCCGCUGUCGGACAGCGAGAACACGGCGCCGCGAUCUCCCGGCACUGACGACGAGGACUCCAAAGCGGACAUGACGUCUCACGCUGACAACAAACACUUCAAAUGCGCUCAAUGCGACAAAACCUUUGAUAAGAAGACGCACUUAAAAAUACACAUGCGGACUCACACCGGAGAAAAACCUUUCAGGUGUUCAGUUUGCGGCGAGAGAUUCUCCCAAAAAGGCAACUUGAUGAGACACACCAAAAGGCACACGGGCGAAAAAACCUUCUCAUGCGCAGUUUGCGGCCAGUUGUUUUCCUCCAAGUCUAAUUUGAUGGUGCACACCAGAACGCACACGGGCGAGAGACCCUUCUCCUGCGCCAUCUGCAAAACCGGUUUUAGUUCCCACUCGUCACUGCUGAGGCACAUGAGAACGCACACCGGCGAGAAACCGUUCGCCUGUUCCUUUUGCCAGAAGACGUUCUCUCAAAGGGAACAUCUGAUAGCGCACACCAGGACGCACACCGGGGAGAAGCCCUUCCUGUGCUCCGUCUGCAACGUGACGUUUACCUUUCAGUCGUCGUUGGUGAGGCACAUGGUGACGCACACCGAUGACAAACCGUUCCCCUGCUCGCUCUGUGGCGAAACCUUCUCCCUCAAAAGCACGCUGAGGAAGCACACGAGGAAACACACCGGCGAGAAACCCUUCAGUUGCGAGUCGUGCGAGGGAAAGUUUUCCUAUAAGUACCAGCUGAGCAAACACGCGUGUGCUGGUGAGGGCAGCAGCAGUCAAACACUCUUCACUGUUUAGAUUCAACCUUUUUUAUUAUGUCGUUAUUGUGCAUGGGGAAUAUAUCUAUUCUGACAUAUUGUAAUCAAAUCUUCCUCUUUGUGUAUGACUUUAGAGCGCAAAACUGAUCUUCUUAAACACUGACUGACCACAA